AUGCAGUCUUUGAGGACCCUAUACGAUUUCAACCGCAAAUUCGUACGCUGCCGCAAAGCAGGAAAUCCACAUUUUGACCCCGGACCAUUGUGUUGGGCCUUGAAUCAGGAGCAGCUAAGGCUGAGCAAGUCAACAACCUCGCAAUUCCUGCUUCCACGGCAAAUGGCAGUAGUGAAAGUCGUUGAUAUAACAAACCUGCUGUGUGAUAAAAAUCUUGGGAUUUUUAUAGGCAGAAAUGGGAUCAAUAUGAAAAGGAUACAGGGUGAAGCAAAGGUAAUUUUACAAAUAGAGCUGUGCGAAGGAGACGGUACAUUGAGACUUCGCAUCACAGGUACUCCUCUGGCGGUUGAAGCUGCGCUUAUUGAAAUCCAUGAAUUGCUCCUGGAGAUAAUUCGUCAAUCGUUCUGUCACGUGCAGAUACUACCUAGUCAUUGGGUAGGACAUAUAAUUGGCAAUUACCGAAGCAUUCGUCUUGUCAAAGACAUGGUGAAGGAACGUCAAGAUCAAAUUAGCUCAGAAUAUCUGAGCGCAGAACGUUCACAUCAAUAUGAAGGUUGGAAAUAAAAGAUUCAGCGGGAUCAACAGCAUAUGCCAGACUGAGUUGUAAGAAUGAAGGUUCUCUUCACUAUUUUCGCAGCAUUUCAAUCUUACACAUAAAGCUG